AUGGAGGUCGCCGAGGCGCCCGAAGAGAAUGUAGAUAUAGCGUUCAGGGCGAUCGGUGGAGGCGUGUCGCUCCUGCCGCCUGGCGCGAAGGCUAGCUCUGAUUAUCAUCCAGCGCGAGCGCUUGCAGUGUCCAAUCACUUCGGCUUGACGUUCUUCGCCGCACCAGCAGGUUUUGGAGUCGUGAGGACGGCGGACGUUCUGGAGCUCUCAAGCGGACCCAAGCCUGCUUCUGUGAGUGAGAAAUGCUUGGCGAGCGUGGAGCUGGAGAAAGUUUCGAUUUUGGAGCUUUCAAAGGAUGAGCUCACGCUUGCUGUGUGUGCCGGCUUCGCUGUUCGAUUCUAUCGAGUGCCUUCUCUGGCACUCAAGGCCGACACUAGACCGUUCGAGAUCCGCGACAUCGGCAACGAUGCGUUGAUCAAGGAUUUUCAGUGGUGUGGUUUGGACCAAGACAAAAACAAAUAUCUUGUCUUGACUUCCACAGGAAAGCUUCUCGUCGGAAAAAUCGGAGAAGAGCCUACAUCCAUGAAGGACAAUGUUUCUGCUGCUUGUUGGAGUCAGUUUGGCAAACAGAUCAUGUGUGCUACAAGCACGAAGCUAACGAUUGCGUCGUCUGAUUUUGCCAAGAGUUUUGUCAUCAAUCUCCCAGUUGAAUUUCCUGGGUGCGAGGAAGGACUGGAAACUCAUGUUGAUGCUUUACGCUGGAUUUCGCCACAAAGCAUAGUAAUUAGCUACGUCCAGUCGGAGGACGAUGAAGAAAUUGCCUGUCCGCUGCUUGUGCUUUCAGCGUCCCAUGGACAACAACUAGAUGAGGCAUGCACGGAGUGUUCUGCUUUAGCGGUUACUCGAAGAUUUCCUGCGAUUGAAUCUACUAUUAUCCCACCCAUGAACAGUCCGUAUAUGCUUGUGCAGAACCUAGAACCAUGGAAAAUCGUGUUGACAACUUGUAGAAGGUCCAUCGAUGCACAUGUUGGCCUUCUAGGCUGGCGGUCCGAAGGUGUUUGCAGUCUUUAUUUGUCAGAUGAUUUGUGGAGAGCUGACAUCCCCAUGUUUGAUUCUUCGAGUGACAAUGCCUUAACUGGACUGGCGAUUGAUCGAACUUCAUUGUUAAAACAGCCUGAUCCAAGAAAUCCAGAAAAACUUCUUCCCCCAAGUCCGGUAAUGUUAUGCACGUCACUUGACUCUCGGCUUCUGCUAUAUUCGGUCCUGAGGUUGGAUGGUGAGAGUUGGUAUAGCCCUGGCCUAAUCACGAUUCCAUCUAGCCUUGAGGAGUGGGCAUCGAAGUCUCCCGAUCCUAAGGUGGAUGCCGAAAAAAAUACUGUAACACCAGCUCCGGCAACAGUUGUACGUGUGGAGCCUAAGGUUACGAAAACUGUUACCACCAUCAAUGGCAUUCAACCAAGGACGUUUUCUGCAUCAAAAACUGUGAACGAGCAGUUGCGUAAAACUCAGCUGGAUCUUAAUCAAAAGGAGAAAGAACCGUCUUUACCUCAAGAUGGAGCAUCAAAAAUUCCUGUCCAGAGUCAGCCAUUAUUGUUUAAAAGGGAAGACGCUCCUUCUCAUGAGGUUGAGAAACGUUCCUCACGAUCACAAGGAGUUUCCGAAAUAGAAGCAGGGUUUUUGGCAGAAAUGGAUAAGGUGAAGAAAAUCGCUGAUGAUAUUGAUGGAUUUAUGCAUAUUAUCGAGAUAGAUUCUCUUGGAUCCGGUUUAACAAGGUCUGGAGUAGACAAGCUGGAAAGCGAAAUUAUAGCCGUUUCAGCGCGAUGCCGUAGUUUUAAGCAAAAACUGCAAGAGCAUUGUGAGUUUGUUGAAGAGCUUCGGGAUCAAAGCCUUGAUGUUGACGCAUGGAGAAUUUACGUGGAAAGCCGAGUGGAACAAGCAUCUGAUAGCCGAUAUCAGGACCUCUGGGUUCACCGCAAGCUUCACCCGGAAAUGGACAUCAAGCGAAAGCACGUUAUCAAUGCAGAUGAGACAUUGAAAAGACAAAUUUCUGAUCUCGAGUCUCAUCUUCAUACACUUGAAAUAAGUCGACGCCAGAAUAUGUCUUCAAAACAGCGGUCUACUGCUGGAGACUUCCAAUCCGUUCAAAAUCUCUACAGCACAGUAAACUUUCAAAUGGAAGCAGCUGAUAAGCUAUGUGUACAUCUCGCGGACUUGAUGGAAUCGAUGAAUAUAUCGUCAAGCGUUACUUCCUUAAGGCCACGGAAAAUGCAGCCGUCUUUAUUGCAGACAAAGCCACCGCAGACUAAAGCCGAGAGUGUUUUUUCUACGCCAUCCAAGUCUAUCUUGAGUGAUGACUUCGCGCCGGCGGAAAGCACAAGAAGGCGAAGAGAUUCCUUGGAUAGCGGUAUUGGAGCAACGAAAACCACGAUCAAAAGGAUGGUUGGGGUGGUCAAUAACCGGAAGGCUAAACUGCUUGAAUCAACCUCCAAUGCUCUCCAAACGAUGAAGCCGCAGUCAACUUUGAAGCAGCCAAGUGUUACAGAAGAGAAAACUCUCGUACUAGCACCUGCAGCGACAUCUUUGGAUACGACCAGGCCUUCGUUUUCUUCCAGGACGGAUAUCAUUUCACAGAGUUCUUCGCCUCCUUUUGGUGACUGGGGUUUAACAUCGCAGCCGUUACCGCCGUCCUCUAAUGCUUCAGCACUCAAGGUUCCCGAUAUUUCAAGAGCUUCUACGAAUGUUAUUCGUCCCGCGUCAGCUUUUAUCGCCCCGGCCUCAAUCACGAAAACGUCAAGCAUCACCACUCAAGCGACACCACCAUCAGCGUGGCUGCCAUCUUUGGAGUUGAAGGCUGCAGCGGCUGUUGUGUCCUCCGGACCUUUGGAAGUGAAAGCCACAUCUUCCACAGUGCAGGCUACACCAGCAACUUCCACAUCUUUGGAGCUGAAGCGUACCGCAUCUCCCACAUUUUCAGAUCUGAAAGCAACACCGAUCACAUCAUCUCCCACGUUCAGUGUUUCUACAAGGUUAGGCGCUCCGUCACCGUCAUUAUUCCAGCCGUUGCAGUCGAAGCCAUCGACCAGUGAACAAGCGCAGUCACAACCGAAGAUUUCCGCUGCACCUAUAGCAGCGACAUGUAGCGUCUCCAGCGGUUCCUCCCAGUUGGUUGUAAGCUCGUCGACCUCGGCUACUCUUCUACCUGCAGCUCCACGUACUACAUCAGUAGUGAAGCCAGCAGCUUUCAGCUUCUCGGUAUCAUCGUCUCCCGCUACUGCAUUAUCGUUUGCAUCGUCCUCAGCCGCUACGUCCACGCUGAGCAUGAUGUCGGCUACAACAAAAGUCCCUUCCAGCGGUUACAGCAGCUCGCCGCCACAAUCUACUAGUCAGCUGACUGUUUCCUCUAGUCCGCCAUCUACGACUUCGAAGCCCGAUAUAUUCGCGUCACCAUUUCCAAACGUUCCGGCGGCCAGCGGCCCUUCUCCAGUUUCUUCGCCUUUUCCGGCUUUGCUUCAAUCGCAGCAGCAGCAGACUACUCAAGCCGUGCGACCACCACCGGAUGAAGAUGACAUGGACGAAGAGGCCCCCUCGAGUGCAUUCUCGGGCUUUGGUAAUCUCGGCCUGGGCUCGGCGUUGCCUUCAGCGCCAACCGGGAAUCCAUUUGGCGUAACGCCGAGUCCGCAGGCCACCCCGUUCGGAGGACUGAGCGCACCACCACCUGGUCAGCUGUUCAGGCCGGCUGCAUUUUCCUUGAGCUCUCCGGGAACAGGCUUUACGUCAUCGCCAGAAGGCGGUGCGUUCUCCAACCGGCCUGCCGCGGCUCCUAGUGGAUUUGGUCAGGCUGCUUCGAGCGGCUUCGGACAGCCUGCUGGGAGCGCGCUGGGCAGUGCACUGGGUGCAUUCGGACAGACGAGACAAGUGGGAUUUGGUGGUCCAGUGUCGGGUGCAGCUGGUUUCGCAAGUGCUUCGCCGGGUGGUGGUUUCGCUUCUGCGGCAACCGGUGGUGGUUUUGCCAGUGCUACGUCGGGUGCUGGUUUUGCGGCCGCGGCAUCGGGUGGUGGCUUUGCCGGUGCAGCAACAGGUAGUGGAUUUCAAUCGCUUGGUCAGAACAUUAGCAGCGGAGGCUUUGGGGGCUUUGCUGGAAGUAAUGCGGCGACACCUGGAUUUGGCUCUGUACAACCGCCUGGUGGAUUUCUCCCGGGUGCUGCGCAACCGCCGAAUAAUCCACUUUUCACAGCGAUGAGAAAGUGAUGUCGUUAAGCAAGGGUUGUAGCUUUUGUUUUUACGAGCAUUCGUUGGAGAUUUUCCAGCUGAUACAAGGAAAUGGUAUUUGUGUGAUCCACAAAUUUUAGCUGCAAGUCGAUCUGGUUUCGUGGCGUUCAAGAUGAGCUCGGAGCAGAGGGAGGAGCAUGGUUCCCGUGCUGCUGCAUCAGAUUCACAGCCAGUGUCAGCUGAGUACAUUCUUCAAGUGCAAAGUUUGAUAGAGCAGUGUCUAUUGCUCAACAUGAACUGCGACGAAUGCGUAGACGCGCUGUCCACGCACUCCAACGUGAAGCCCGUUGUCACACUCACAGUGUGGAACGAACUCAAGAAAGAGAACAAGAGCUUCUUCACGGCCUACGAGAAGCACCAAGAGACCGGCAAGCACUGCCGAGCGCUGAUGGAGGAAAUGAGAAAGCUGCUUGUGGUCGCAAAGCCAAAUAUGAUGACGAGCAAGCGAACAAAAGAACAAAAGGGCUCUUGAGGAAGAGAAGAAGAAUGGCACGCUAUAUGUACUACAACGCUGGAGAGGAGCUCUUGUCCCUCUCAUACAACGCACACACACAGAAGGUUUGUCGAAACUCUUGCCUUGUCUUGGCUUGGCCGUUCUACUUAACGGCGUGGAUGUUUGAGUAUUUCAUUGUCUCGGCAAGGACGAAAGACCUAUCUCUUCAUACCUCGCCUCGCCUUUGCCACCACAAAUAUCUUACCACCACACGUUUCUCUCUGC